AUGUUGACGUUUUUCGCACCACUUUUGCUCCUCGCACAAAGCGCUGCCGCUGCGCCUGUUGAAAAUGUAGCUGUAGCAGCAGCAGCGACGGUAGGCAAGAUCCGCGGUGUGCGCGAUCCGAUUUACCAUCUCUACCUGCAAGCCAGCCCUAAGAACUCAUCAAAACCCGUUCUCGGACCUGAAUCCGCAGCAGAAGAAUUUACUAUCGGCGGCACAAUCCAAUCCAAGAAAACCAACCAGUUCCUGAACAUCGCUACUGCAUCGACGAGUUACAAGCCGCUGGUUUGGGGCGCAAAGGGUGACACGACGGCGUGGGGGCUCGAGGGUGAUACGAUUAUUACAACGCAAGGGAAACUAAAUUUUCUGGCCUGCAACUCGGCGGAUGCUGGGUACUACGAUUUGUUUUUGCAGACGGGGAGCGAUGCGCCAAGUGGCAAGACGUGCAGUAAUUAUCAGACUAUUCAUCUGCCUUGCCUGUGCUAG